AUGUCCCCGUCGUCGAUCUGUUGCUUAGCUAUCAGUCAGAUCGUCGUUCUGUACAUCGAUUGCAAGUCAAGUGUGACUUUGAGACAUAUCGUGUGUGGCGACGGUGCACCAAUCUCGCUGCAUAUCUUCAUCCAUAAAUACAGCACCCGAGCGAGCCUCCGAGCGGAAUCAAGUAGUACAACACAAAGCUCUCUAUCAGGAAUUCGAUCAGGAUCGUCGUUCACCAGUCUGAGGCUCGAGAGUGCGUGGUUCACUUCAACAGGUCCUCAGUACGAGAAUGAGCUCCUCGGACGACACCUGCGGCAAGAAGGCGUCGUGGCCGGAGCUGGUUGGGAAGUCCAUCGAGGGGAGGCCAAGAAGACCAUCAUGAAGGACAGGCCGGACGUGAAGAACAUCGAGGUCUUCCCGGUCGGCACACCGGUGACCGGGGACUUCAGGCCCGACCGUGUCCGCAUCUUCGUCGACACCGUUGCGGAGACCCCCCGCAUUGGCUAACUUUGAUUGAUGCUCCAUCGUUUAUGUGUGUGUGUGUGUGUGUGUUAUAUAUUCCAGAAUAAACCAUAGCUAGUGAGGGUGUAUGUACAAUACUCCUAGCUAUGUCGAUCGCCAUGUACGAGUUAAUAAUUAAAGUUGAUCGCAGGCUUGCUGCCUUGA